AUGCCUCCUGACGACUCCCUUGCAACACAAGGCAGCGAAUCUUGUGGGGAACCGCUGCAGCACCAGCAAUCUCGAGAGGAUGGCAGGAGCCGUGGCAGCGCAGGUUUGUAUCAGCAGCAGGAGGAGUUGCGAGCUGCAGAGGCGGCAGCGUCACCAGGUGCUGCCCUCAGCGUGCCUGAGGCUUCACUCGACGCAGCACGGGCAGCAGCAGCAGCUGCUGCUGGACGGACAGACGAAUCCGACGCUAUGGAUAUCGACACUACGGAAAUCCCUCAGCCACCCAGCAGAGGAGGCGAGGCAGCGGGAGGGGAGGCAGCGGCGGCUGCAGAGUUAUUCGCCCAGGCACCUCCAGGCGCAUCCGCCGCAACGGAGUCUUCUGCCUCUGGAGCACCCCAGGAGACUUCAAGUGGGGGCGAAAAUAGUGGUGGCGCGACAGAGUCAGCCGCAUCUGCAGCAGGAAACUCGCAGCCCUCGCUUCGAGAAAUCCCCGUGGAUUUGCUGAAUGCGCUGCCUGCUGCAGUCCGUCAAGCAGCAGUUGCGGGGUGUCGCGACAGCAGCACUUCGGGGGACGCAUCCUCCGCUGCAGCAGCGGAGGAUGCUGAGUUCGACAACGCGACUUUUCUUGCUACUCUGGAGCCGGCGUUGCGGCAGGAAGUGCUGCUCACUGCGGACGCCUCCGUCCUCGAGGCUCUCCCGCGAGAGCUGCAGGUGGAGGCUGCGCUGCUGCGGGAAAGGGCGAUGCAGCGGCAGCAGCAUCGGCAGCAGCAGCAGCAGCAGCGCGCAGCAGCAGCCGCAGCGGCGGCGGCUGCGAGCAGCAUCAGCGCAGCUGCAGCGACUCCUGCGGCAGCGAGCAGCGGGGAGCGACAGAGCCGAGGCACCAGCCGCCCUGCUGGGGGAGCCUCUAACGCGCAGCACUCGUCUGCCGCGGGAAAUUCGCCUCUGCCUGCUGCCUUUGUGGAUGCUUCCUUGGCUUUGUUCGGAGGCUUCGAGGGUCGAUGGGGAUCUGUGGUAGGAGGCUCUCAUGGCAACGCAGGCGCGCGUCUGUUUGGUCUGCCUUCGGCGUCUUUGCUGCCUCGCAGCAUCCGCCUGGGACUGAGAGAAGCUCUCCUCGACGAGGGGGGUUCGUUCGGGAGAGACGCCGAUGGCUUGCGGAGCGGCGGCAGCAGCGGGGGAGACACGGGGGUUCCUCUUCUCGGCAACCGCGGAAUCCUCUCCUCCUCUGCUGCUGCUGCGCGCGCAGCAGCAGCAGCAGCUGCUGCGGGAGCUGGCGCGACAGGCGCCUCGGGGGCAGCAGCUUCGUCGGGGAGGGGGGGCGCUUCCUUGUUUGGCGCAGUCUCCGACGAGCUGCUUCUGCUGCCGAGUGAGCGGCUCAUGCGCGCUCCUGCCGCGCUUUCUGCUCCUCCUGGCUUGGCGAGCGGGCCGCCUUUUCCAGGAGUCGUCGCACUUUCGAGUCGCGUAGGCACGAGUCGGCUGCUGCGGGGGGGGGGAGGACGUCAAGGGAGUGGAGGGGGAGUCAUUGGCAUCGCGCAAGGGGCUGCUGCUGCGGCGGAAGGCAGUGGGAUCGCCGUGCCGAGAGCAACCGACUUUAUCUCCUUGCUGCUCAACGGAGGGGCAAGUGCUGCCGCAAGCAGUGCAGCUAGCGCCUCUGCUCCCGCCCAAGUGCUGAACGAGGAUCUCUGGAUCGGCUUCCUCACCGCCGCUGCAGCGGGGGGCCCCUCCGGGGGCGGGGGAGGAGGGGGCCCCCCUGGAGGGGGCGGGGGCCCCUCUGGGGGCCCCUCUGGGGGCGGGGGAGGCGGGGGAGGAGGCCCCCCCCCCUGGGGCAGUGGGGACCCUCACGGGGCCCCUCACCACAGGGGCCCCGCACGAAGCGGAGGAGGGGGCCCCCCCCCCAUUGGGAGCGCGCCGAUCGACACCACUCCUCUGAGCUUGCAAGGCGUGAUGGCUGUGUGUCGCGUUCUCUUCCUGCACCGCGGAGUCAACAAGCGGCUCUUGUUUGGCCUUUUGGCGUCUCUGGCAGCCUCGCACGUCGAGACGCGAGAUGUGCUUCUGCUGCUUCUUGUCUACAUCUGUUGGGUUGCUAUCCCCGAGUGCUACACUUCACUUAGGCCCUCCUUCCCAGGGAGAAACACGCUCAAGUCGCUUGGACUGCCUCCCGUCCCCGUGUUGCUGCUCCCCGAAGGCGCGCAGCAGCAGCAGCAAGGGGCUUUGCAGUGCGAGCGCUUCUCGAUGGGAGGCGCCGCAGCGGAACGCGUUCUCGAGCAGCUGCGCAGCCUCCUCACAGUCCUCCCCCAAGCCGCCGAAGUCUUCUGCAUGCGGCUCCCUCACCCCCGCUCCCUCACCUUGCAGGAUCUGACGCUGCUGCAGCGGCAAGGGCUGCAAGGGGCAGCUCCCCUCCAGCAGCAGCAGCAGGAUCAGCUUCAGCUGAAGAGCGAAGUGGCGCAACAAGCGCCUGCCACGCGGCAACCCUCGCUGCAGGAGCAGCAUGUGCAGCAGCAUGUGCGGGAGAGUCUCCAAACAGGGGAUAGCAACGCAGCCGAUGGGGGCGAAGAUCUUGCCUAUGAGCUCCGCCGCAAGAAAAAACGCAGAGAACCCUUCAGCAGUGGCAGUAGCAGCAGCAGCAGCAGCAGUAGCAGCAGCAGCAGCAGCAGCAGCCUGACCAGAAGUGAAGGUGUCACAGCAGUCGGCCUUGAGCUGCAGAAGCAUCCGCCUGAGGAGCCUGUAGACGGCGAGUAUUUAAUAAACGUCUUAAUGGAGCUGACGGGAACUUCCCUCUUUCAGGCAUCUCCACGACACAUGGCGCAUCUCUUGGCUGCUAUAUAUCUGCUAGUCAGCGGUGGAGGCAACAGUAGCAGCAACAACAGUACCAGCACCAGGCUUCACCAGAACAGAAUAGCAGCUCCUGCUGCAAUCAACAGACCUGCCACAGCGGAUAGCCAUACAAGCAACAGCAGCAACAACAACAACACAGCUGCGGCAAGCAGCAGCAGCAGUAGUAGUAGCAGCGCUGGUAUUCCAAGCGGUGCUGCUGCAGCCAGCAGCCCCUCGGCUGUUCAGAUUCAGCCUAGCAGCAACGCCAUGAGCAGCAGCAGCAACAGUAGCAGCUCUGGUCUGUCUAGUUCGACAGUAGAGGAUAUCGUUCCAGACAGCAGGGGGGCUGGUAGCAGCAGCGCAAGUGACUCUGAGAGCAUUCAACAGCGUAUUCUGCGCGUGAUUUCUCCGAAGGCGGGGGGUUGCAUUUGCGGCUUGUUGUGCUCUCCAGAGGUUGCUGCUGCUUGGUCACAUGGUCUCGGAUUCUCGCUGCAGCAGAGGGAUGCGCAGCAGCAGCAGUUGGCGGUGGUUGCGAAAAUCGUGGGGUGUCUGUACAGCUCCCCGCAGCACCGUGGUUGGGUGGAUGAGGCGCUGCGGCGCAACUGUGACGCUUUGAGUGACGUUUUGUCUCUCGAGUUGGGAGCUCUCUCCCGCACACUCCGUGACGCAGCGCAGCAGCAGCAGCAGUUGCAGGUUCAUGACGACAUCUGGCCUAAGCGGGAGUCGUUGGAGCCUCACUUUGCCGCCUUCUACCGUCUGUGCGGGACCUUGAACGAGGUGUACACGCAUCUCCAGCAACAACAGCAGCAGCAAGAGCAAGAGCAAGCACAGGCAGCAGCAGAUGCAGCAGCAGCAGCAGCAGCAGCAGCAGCUUUAGCCGCAUCGGGGAGCAGCGCAACAUCGAGUGGGGCAGAAUCUGCUUUGGCGGCAGAAGCAACAACGCCGUUGGGGUCUGCCGUUUCUCUUGCUGUAGAUCUUUUACGAGCGUCGCAGCCAGCAGCAGCUUCCUCAUCAGCAGCUUCCUUAUCAGCGGCAACUGAGCGAGGCGUGAAGGCGGUAGACAUGCCAGCACUGGUGCGGUUCCGAUCUUUCUUUGAUGCCUCUAAAGCUCACAGGAUCUGGGAAAGUCUCGAGGAGGUUCUCUCCGCAGUCGGAGCUGCGUACCCUGCUCUGAGCGCAGAAACGGCAGCCAUGCAGCACCGUCACCGCAUGCAGCAGCAGCAGCAGACGUUAGCUGCUCUGGCAGCCGAAGCAACAGCUGCUGCAUUGCCGAUCCUCUCCCCCUCCCCCCCAGGAGGGGGAGGCGUCGCUGCUACCACUGCAAGAGGGCAGCGGGGAGAGGAAGCGGAUGAGGGAGUCGUUGUCGAGGAGAGAGAAGCUGCAGCAGCUGGAUCUCGUGAGCUUGCUGCUCCGCUGGUCUUGACGCAACUGCUGCCUCUCUUCGAAUCCUUCUUGCAGGUGCAACAGCUCUCGAUUGCCGCCGAUCUUGGCUUGGAGGAUGUGGCACUGCUUCAGGAGCUCGAUCUGUUUGCCGCGGCUGCAGAGAAGGAGAGGAGCAUUGCAGAUCGCGCAGCUGCUGCUGUUGCUGCUGCUGUAGACUCCAAGACUGGCAUUCCGGAGGCAUCGGCUGCUCAAGCGGCUUGCUGCAAAGCGAGCGACGAACUGCAAGAAUGCGAGCAGCAGGAAGAGGAUGGAGGCGGUGCCUUCGGCGUCAGCUCGCGUCGCCACCUCUCUCUGUGCUGCUUCUGCGAACGGCAUGUCUUGUGCAUCAACGCCUUGCUGAAACAGAAUCCCACCCUUCUCUCGGGGCCCUUCUCCCCACUCCUCAGACUCACCCCCAUGAUGCUGUCUUUUGAAAACAAACGCCACUACUUCCGCCAAAGAAUCAGAGAAAUACGGCAUGCAAGCCGUGCAGACCACGUUCGACUCUCCGUUCGGAGGCAGCAUGUCUUCACGGACUCGUAUCAUCAAAUCCGCAUUCGAUCAGGUGAGGCUUCCAUCUACGGCUUCCAAAUGUACUUCUCUUUCUGUGCGAUUCCAGGAGAAGAAAUGAAGGGAAAGUUGAACGUCGUUUUCCACGGGGAAGAAGGUUUGGAUGGUGGCGGUCUCACGCGUGAAUGGUUCGGGUUGUUGGCACGUGAAAUGUUUAAUCCGAAUUAUGCCCUUUUCACAAGGGAAGGCGCAAAAAGCGAAUUUAAUCAGCCUAAUCCACUCUCUGCCAUCAACCCCGAGCACCUCUACUAUUUCAAGUUCAUUGGAAGAGUCAUCGGUAAGUCUCGUGACAUGCGAUGA